UCGUAAAGAAACAAGAUGGCGGUGGCAAUGGUAAGAUGUGUUAUCCAAGGUUUGCGGAGAAAACAGGUUUUAACAGCAAGAAUUUGUACAAGUUUAACAGCUCAACCAGUAUGUUUAUUUUCAAGUGAAUCAGGUAGUGGAGAGCCAAAGCUUUGUCAAGGUAUAAAUUACUUAAAGGAUGGAUCUGACCCACCUCUGUUACCAGACAAUGAAUAUCCUGACUGGCUAUGGGAAGUUCUUCAACCAAAACAACCAGUGGACGAAGAGCCAGAUGACUUAAACAACAAAACUUAUUGGAGAAGAUUAAGAAAGAUAAAACUAAGACAGGCAAAUGCUGCCAGGAAGAAAAGGAAGUGAACCUAAUUUUGUGAU